GCUCUUGUCGCACUUCGCAGAAAGAUGGAGGAGGGUGUUGAUGGCGCACAUUCUUUGAGUUAUGGAACAAAAAUGACUGAGUUUUUAAGUUAUAUCGGCAUAAUUGCCGGGGAAGAACCACACACAAAUGAAGUGGUUGUCUUCCUGUCAAAGAAUCAAGUGGUGGUUGGGAGCAUUGCUCUGCUUCUCUUGUUGGUUACCAUCAUUCUCUACUGCAUCAGAACUGGGUCGACUAGUGAAAUCAAGAAGAAUCUGCAAACCAAAGUGGAAGACAUGAAGGACUUCGUCGGCGUUGGAACUCGGCCUCGGUUUAGAAAACGAGACAAGAUCGUGUUUUACGGACGGAAAAUGCUCAGAAAGGUGAAAUCAGUGGGCCAGUACGUCAAGUCGAGCAAGAACGUGAAGAAGCGCCAGCUGGUGAUGAAGUUUGCCAGGAACCUGUUGCAGAUGCGCAAGGACGACCAGACGCAGCUGGCGGUGCUGGAGCCCCCCAGCGAGUACCUACAGGAGGAUCUGCGCGACGACAGCGACUCCUCGCUGCCGCGUGAGGUCAUGUACAUGCUGCGCAGUGUCAGAGUGUUUGGUCAUUUUGAGAAGCCGAUUUUUCUAGAACUUUGUAAGCAGUGUGAGACAAUACGACUACGUCCUGGGCAGUUCCUGUUCAAAAUAGGUGACAGUGACGAGAACGUGUUCGUGGUGCAGUCGGGUCUGCUGGACGUAUUCAUCACUGAGGCUGACGGCAGCGCCAGCACGCUCAAGUACGUCGGCGCCGGCGACUCGGUCACAUCGCUGCUCAGCUUCUGCGACGUGCUCACGGGUCACCCGCAGCCUUAUAAGACGGUGUCGGCAAAAGCAACCGAAGAUACCAUAGUAAUCAAACUACCCUUCAUGGCUUUCUUGAAACUGACGGACAGCUACCCGGAGACGGUGGUGCGUAUGGUGCAGAUCAUCAUGAUACGACUGAUGAGGGUCACCUUCACCGCUCUGCAUCACUAUCUGGGGCUCAGCUCCGAGCUGAUGACACAGCACGCCCGCCAGCGGACAGAUACGUCGCUCAAGUCGCAGCAGCAGUCUCCGCGCAAACAGCGCCGGCCGGCGCCGGACGCCGAGGUACCGGGCGGCGGCUGGCGGCCCGGCGUGGUCCAGAGCGAGCCCGUGCCGACAGCCGCCUCAGGAGACGCAGACACGGAGGAGGUGCUGGUCGGGUCGGCUCAGUCGACUGGCAGGGAGCGUCGCCGGUUCAUGGACAUGGAUGAGGCGGCGCUGUCUGCAGACGCACUGGAGCGGUUCCGCGCCAUCCUGCAGCUGCCCAACCUGUCGCUGCUAGAGGGACACGUGCUGCUGCGGCACCUGACCCCCGGCCAGGUCAUCAUGACGGAGGGUGUACAGGAGGAAGAGAACGGCCUGGCGCUGGUGCUACACGGCACGCUGCAGGUCAGCCAGCGGCGGCCCGACAAACCGUCUGAGGAGGUGCUCAUGUACCUGGCGCACAGCGGCCAGAUGGUCGGCGCGCUGGCCGUCCUCUCCGGCGAGGCCAGCUUCUUCUCUGUCCGCGCCAAGUCUGCGGCGCUGGUGGCCCAGAUGAGUCAGCAGACGUUCUACAACAUCAUGCUGGAGGUGCCGCAGGUAGUGCUGCACGUGGCCAACACGGUCAUCCGCCGGCUGUCGCCACUAGUGCGACAGAUCGACUUCUCGCUGGACUGGACGCACAUCGAGGCCGGAAAGGCCAUCUAUCGUCAGGGCGAGCCGAGCGACAGCACGUACAUCGUGCUGAGCGGCCGUCUUCGGUCGGUCAUCAGCCACCGUGACGGACGGAGGGAGCUGCUCGGAGAGUACGCGCGAGGAGACCUGGUCGGCAUCGUGGAGACUCUGACGCAGACGGAGCGCAGUACCACCGUGAUGGCUAUCCGAGACACAGAGGUGGCCAAACUCUCCGACGGUCUCAUCAACUUCAUCAAGCUCAAAUACCCGAUCGUGGUGACGCGCCUCAUCGAGCUGCUGGGCCACCGGAUCCUGGGCUCGUGGAAGCGCUCGGCGUCUCCGCUGGCGGCCGGCAGCUCGCUCAGUGCUGCAGUGGUCGAGCAGCGGCCCAGUCAGACCAACUUCAACACGGUGGCGCUGCUGCCCGUGUCCGAGGACGUGCCGCUCGUCUCGUUCUCGUUCGAACUGCUGCACAGUCUGCUGGCGAUCGGACGUGCGACUCUGCUGACGUCCGAGCUGAUUAGGAAGACGCUGGGAACGAGCAUCCUGGAGCCGAGCAACGACCACCGGCUGAUCGCGUGGCUGGCGCAGCAGGAGGACCAACACCAGGUGACGCUGUACCUGUGCGACAACGAGCUGACGCCGUGGACCCAGCGGUGCAUCCGCCAGGCCGACUGUAUCCUGAUCGUGGCCCUGGCAGAGCGCGGACCCUCCGUCGGAAAGAUCGAGAAGCAGCUGGAGACGCUGGCGGUGCGCACGCAGAAGGAGCUGAUUCUGCUCCACCGCGAGGGGGCUCCGCUGCCGCGGCAUACGGUCCGCUGGCUCAACAUGCGCUCCUGGUGCUCCUCACACCACCACAUCCAGGCGCCCAAGAGGCUGUUCGCCAAGAAGAGCCUCACAAAGAUCCGUGAGUCGUACCGCAAGAUUCUGGAGACGGAGCCGAACCGUUUCUCCGACGUCUCUCGGCUGGCGCGCCUUCUGACGGGCACCUCUGUGGGCUUGGUGCUGGGCGGAGGCGGGGCGCGUGGCGCAGCGCACAUCGGCAUGCUCAAAGCCAUCCAGGAGGCCGGUAUCCCCAUAGACAUCGUAGGCGGAGUGAGCAUUGGCGCCUUCAUGGGCGCGCUGUACUGCAAGGAGAAGGACCUGGUGAUCUGCACGCAGAAGGCCCGCAGCUGGUCCAUGAAAAUGACGCAGUUGUGGCGUCAGAUCUGGGACCUGACCUACCCGGUGACGUCGUGGUUCUCGGGCCGCGGCUUUAACGCCCUGAUCCAGGAGGCGCUGGGCGAUGCGCAGAUCGAGGACCUGUGGCUCCCGUACUUCACGCUGACCACAGACAUCACGGAUAGCGCCAUGCGCGUCCACACUCACGGCACCCUGUGGCGGUACGUGCGCUCCAGUAUGAGCAUAGCCGGCGUGCUGCCGCCCGUGCCGGACCCGGCCGAUGGCCAUCUGCUGGUGGACGGCUGCUAUGUGAAUAAUGUGCCAGCGGACGUGAUGCGCUCGCAGAUGGGCGCCCACAUGGUGCUGGCCGUUGACGUCGGCUCGCAGGACGACGUCAGCCUGACCAACUACGGCGACUCGCUCUCGGGAUGGUGGCUGCUCUGGAAGCGCUGGAACCCGUUCGCAGAGCCCGUCAAGGUGCCCAGCCUGCCCGACAUCCAGUCACGGCUGGCGUACGUGUCGUGCGUGCGCCAGCUGGAGGAGGUGAAAGGCUCCGACUACUGUGAGUACAUCCGGCCGCCGAUCGACCGCUACCGCACACUACAGUUCGGCAGCUUUGACGAGAUCAAGGAUGUCGGCUUCGCGCACGGCAGCGCCUACUUCAGCGGUAUGCGCAAGGCUGGCACCCUGCAGGCGCUGUACGACCCCAAGAGCUCUGCGGCCGUCGCCCUGGAGACGGCCUCUGGUCAGCCGAGGAAGCUCUCGCAGGAGACGCCGCACGCGCCGCACAAGUUCACCGACCUCGCACAGAUGGUGUGCCGAGUCCGUGUGCCGCGUACCUCCAUGUACGACAGUCUGGACUCUGACGAGGAGGAGGACAAACCGGACUGGACGGGCGGCAGGGCCGGGCGAGCGACCGUUACCGAACAGGGCUACCACUCGGAGCCGGCCGUCCAGCGGGGGCUCUCCAAGGUUGAGGGCGCCUCCAAGGGCUACUUCUCCGAGGUUUCCGACGUGGACGUCUCAGAGGGGGCUGAUACCGCUGACCUCUCCGACGAGCUUACGCCAUAGUGUCCCGGGCUUCCGUAGACGUCGGUAGGGGCGGCCGGUGCCGCCAGCGCCGCCUGUGGGCUGUAACAGGUACUAGCAAUGCAAUGAUUAGCCGAUAGGGGCGAGCGGCGCGCGUACGUUACGUAUCGUAAGGCGGGUUCGGUGUCAGGAGGGCAACUAGGCGACGCCUGGCUGGCUGGUACUUAGGGACGAGCCUCCCAGUCAUUGGUUGCUUUGUUUUCAAUAAGUAACGGGCUCAAGGAGGCUAAUUUAUUCAUCGUUGAAGCAUAAUGUGCAACUCAGUAGCGGGUUAGCGCUGCCGCUGCAAGCUUGCCAUGCUGGGCGUCAUUGUAGUCAUUUUGGGUGUGCUAUCUUGCCGGAUAUGCAAUAUAUGCAGAGAUUGUUCGCGGUGUAGUGGUCUCCAGUGCCUUAUGUGUGCCGUUGGGCUCAGAGCUGUUGUGGAAGGCGCACCUGGAACGACUCCGCUGCACUGAAACUGGCUGGUUGUGCUGUGUCGUAGAUUUAGGCUGAGAUGUGUUAUGUGAAAAGGCCGACUUGUGUAAGAUGCUCCAAAGCACAUGCUUUCAAAUUAAUGUUAUGUAAGCAAUUGUAUUUUCGCUGAUGUGCGUUUCAAGUUAUAACAGCCAAUUCGGGUAAAAUCCUCUCGUCACUGCGUUCGUGGUUCGGCGGAAACGUGAACACUCCUUUUUGUCGCCACAGCAAGUUGGUCAUUUUGUUCACCGGGGCUAGUUGAUAUCCUGCCAAAGGUGCCGCGCCGUCCCGGUCGUGGGGUGUGCGGGCGCAUAAGUCAGUCACCAAGACGGACUGCACUUUGUCUUUCUGUGCGGUUUGUGACUGUGUGCGAACGCUGCUAUAGUGAACCGCGCCAUGUUGGAAUGGCCGAGCUUCGCAGUCACUGUCCAACUAGCAGGGAGUCCGAUUAUACCGUACGCUCGUAUAUACUCGCCUGAAUAUAUGUCUGUGUGAAAGGAA